AUGGGAAAAUUUGCAAUCGUUCGGAAAAUGUCCGGAAGCUUUGCUGAGGUUUCUAGAUUCGCAGCUCGGUUGUCUCCUUAUCUGGAUAAAUAUUCUCACUUUACAUUUCUGAGGCCGACUCCCCUUAGUUUUUCAUCUAACGUUACCUUGUCACUAUGUGGAGGGAGGGAGUACUGUAAAGCUUAUUCCAUGAGGCCGGCUCUGCCGAAGGAGGCUAUAACGGACACAUUAUCCACUUCAGCUGAGAACAGCUCUUCUUCUAUAAAAGCCAAAAAUUCAUCGAAGACCAGUGCCAUUAGAGCCAGAGCUAGGAUUGAUGAUGCUAGAAAGCAGUCUUUCUCUAUUCGACCUCUUGGGAACAACCUCGAAUCUUAA